AUGAGGUCUCUAAAAAUGUCUCUAAAUCAUGAGGCCUCAGUAAAAGUUUUGUUGGUGGGACAAAUCUUGAUGGUGAUGAUGGCGAUCGCUAGUGCUGCCAAACCAUUCCGGGCGAAGAAGUCCUCUCACAAUGACUUCCUUGAUGCCCACAACGCCGUACGAGCAGAGGUGGGCGUUGGCCCAAUGACCUGGAACAAGACCCUAGAGAACUACGCACAAAACUACGCCAACUCAAGGUUAAAAAACAACUGCGAGUUCGAGCACUCCGGAGGGCCUUACGGCGAGAACUUGUCCGAAGGUUAUGGAGAAAUGAGCGGCGGGCAGGCUGUGAAGUAUUGGGCAGACGAGAAGUCCCAUUAUGACUACGCCUCCAACUCGUGCGUGGGUGGGGAGUGCGGCCACUACACUCAGCUGGUGUGGCGCAACUCCAUUCACCUUGGCUGCGCCAGGACCAUGUGCUCCAAUGGCUGGAUGUUCGUCAUUUGCAGCUAUGAUCCCCCGGGGGGUUAUAUAGGGCAACGACCCUAUUAA